GUCGGCAGAUUUUGUGUUGCAAUGCUGACAGUAGUUUUGAUCUGGGGACUUUUCGGUCUUUGUGUUACCUAUAUAGUGUCCAAAUGGGAGCAGCCAGUCUGUCCAUUUGUUAAAUGUCAAAACAAAGGAAUACUCGAUCAAACCACAUGUCAAUGUGUUUGUCCACAACAUUAUUUUGGAUUUUUCUGCGAAAAGACUUACCAAAACAGUAAAUGGCCAGAUGGGACAUAUGCCCUCCCUGCCUCAAUGUUCGGUUGUCCUGAGACUGAGGACAGGGGGUGGACAUCAUCUUAUAUCAACCUAACCCUCCCAGACUCUGCCCAACGUCAGUAUUGGAACACUAAAGACCCAAACCUCCUCAAUGGCAUCAUAGAGCCUAACAUACUGGGACCAUACUAUUAUCGUGCUAUUCAAAUGAAUUUUUGUGUAAAAAAUCGAACCAAUGAUAAGGAAUUUGACGAUAAAACAACGGCUGAGUGGCCCAAAGGCCAGUACUGUAUAUACAGUUUCAGCGAAAUAUGCCCUCAAGGGUUUUCUACGGGUACCUUGACAAUAUCCGGUUAUCAGUUCACACAACAAGAUAUAGGGGGCCUUAUUCCAGGAGAGACCGGAAACAAUAUGAGUCUGACACUGAAGUUCUGCUGUAGAGAAGAUGGUGACAACCAAACACCAGUAAAACUUCCAUCAGACUUCCCAUUCGUUCUAUUUCAGAGCCAGUCAGCUGAUGCCUGUCAGAAGGCGGAGUCUAUGAUCGUACAACAGGAUUAUUUCUACAUGACCAAUGAAAACGAUGAGUGGCAGUACAAGGGGGCGUUACCUUUCUUGAACAAAACAGCAAUAAAUGGUUCUGUAGGCAUGGUCUAUUGCUACUAUGAACCUUUUGCGCGCCGUGAAUGCUACUUUGACACAGACUUUGGAAACUCUUACAACGGAAGAACCAAUGUUUCAAAAAGGGGGAAAGCCUGCUUGUCUUGGAAAAAAUCUAGUUUUGAAAUUUACAAGAACAGUAGGAGGGUAUUUCAUGAGUUUGAUGAGAAUUACUGUCGAGCUUACCAGUAUAAUACAUACACAGCGGGGAAACCAUUGUGUAUUGUCAAGUUACCAAACUGGAAACAAUUCUGCAUAAUUAGGAAAUGUGAUGAAGAUCAAAACUUGAAAGAAUUGGGAAAAUUUAGGCCUUAUAGAAGUGUUCAAUAUGAUGAAAAUUCCGAGGCAGUGUAUGCAGUUGAUGGCUCCAUAGACACCCUGAACUCAUUUAUUUCAACUCGUCCAAUGAUGAAACCAUGGUAUCAAGUAAAUCUUCAGGAACAUGUGGAGGUUCAUGCUAUAAUUAUUUACCGUUUUAGUGCUUAUAUGCCUUUUAAUCUGCGGUAUCUUGGCACCUACGUCAGUAAGAAUCGGUGGGACUUCAUGAACUACGGUGCUGUUCGAUGUGACGACAUAAGACGUCCUGGAUAUGCCCUCGUAUUUCGUUAUCAAUGCAGACGCCCGGUGGUGGGUCAAUACGUCACCAUCCGAAACUUUGACUUCACACAUCCAGAUCAUAAUCCAGGCAACUUUUUCAAAAUGGAAAUCAAUGAGAUUAAAAUUCUUGGAAAAGAGACAACUUGUGGUAGGCCCCUGGGUAUGGCCUCGGGUAACAUCUAUGACUAUCAAUUGGAGGCCUCGUCUGUAGAUGAAGAUGGUUGGCAAACACUUCCACUUUCACUUCGUGGGCGAUUGUAUCAUCCAAACCCAGGAUGGUGUGCUCCGAAGACGGAGAGAUCGCCAUGGUUUAUGAUUGAUUUACUUGUCCCGACUGUUGUCCAGGGAUUAUCAGUCCAGGGUUGGAUGUCAGGGAAGGAAGCAAGAUACAUUCAAUCAUUCCAAGUGUCCUAUGGAGUAACGAGAAAUAAGAUAACACGUUAUGAAGAUUCAACUGGAAUUACGAAAACUUUCAAUAUUGAUGAUACUGUGGCAGUAACUACACCUCAGACCUUCCUGUUUCACAAUGAAAUCCUGACAAGAUACAUCACAAUACAUCCAAUAAUAGCAGAUGGUCAGCAGGCUUGUCUAAAGGCAGAAGUCAUUGGUUGCCAAAAACAAUUGCAGAGAGACAUAAAGUGCAGAAAUGGUAGUUUAGACUUUGGAUUUGAAGAACUGAAACGAUUUUCUUUCUGGCUUUCUAAGGAGAAAAUACAUCACGUUUUUAAAAAUAUAUCACGUAUUGAGGGAUGUAGGCAGUUCUGUUUGAAUAACAACUGUACAUCUCUCUCCUUUAAGAAGUACACGUCCGAUCAAGAAUGUUCCAUAAGCUUUGGAGACAGAUAUCAUCCUGCAAGAAUGUUUGACUGGGUUCAAACAGGGGUAAAGCUUAAUUAUGCUUCACAUCGUCUCUGUCUGAAAGUCUAUCCUUGCACAUUUUUAAUAAACCUUUCGGAAAGUGAUCGAGGUAUUAUUAAGUCUCCAGGUUUUCCAUUUAGUUAUGGCCAGGGGCUUAAUUGUACUUGGAAUAUAUAUGCAGGGGACACGGCGUUCGUAAAACUGGAAAUCGUUUACGUUCAUUUAGCUAGAACAACAACAGAAAUAGAAUUAAAUGAGCUUGGAAUGCUCGAUAUAAAUCCUGGAAAGUGUAAAGACCGGGUAGUUAUACAGGACGAUGAAAACCUCAUUGUAAUAACAUCCGAUUCUCAGGAUAAAUUUCGGGACACGGUCGUUAUAUCCUCAGGGAGAAAUGUUUCUGUGUCACUUGAGACUUGUUUCCAAAUGUCCGCAAUGCAGCUAGAAAAGAUUUUUGAAAUAAAGAUCACCAAAUCAGAUAAACCAGGAUGUGGAAUGUCCUUAGGAGGACGUACUGUUAGGUGUAGAAUGCAGUCAGCUUACAUAUCAACUGAUCGACAUCCAGCUUCUUAUAAAAAAGGGGACUCUUUCACAUGGAAAAUAGACGGAAAAUUUGGACAAUACGUAAAACUGACAAUACUGAACCUAGACGUUGUAAAUGGGGGAGCAACCUGUUCAAAUUCAUAUAUUGCGAUAUAUGAUACAGACCUAAAUCAAAGUCAAACGUUAAUUGGAAGGUUUUGUAAGGAAAACAGACCUUUCAGGAUUAUCACUUCAAGGUGGCACCAUAUGAGAGUAGAAUUCCGAUCUGGGACGGACCAAAAGCCUGGACGAGGAUUCAUGGGAUUUUACGAAUUGGUGUAUUUUACCCAAAACUAUCUAAGUUUGGGGCAUGAAGGGUGUCCCAGUGUUUGGCACUACAACAAUGGUAGUUGCUACAACAUUUUCACAGGUGACGUAGGUAUCACGUGGUCGGAAGCAAAUCGCCACUGUAUUCAAAAGAAUGGAAGCCUUGUCAGCAUAGCUUCAAAACAGGAACUAGCCUAUGUUCAUUAUCUUGUAACCAAUGAUAAAAGCGUGACCGCUGACUGGCAGAUCUAUAUUGGUCUCCAGAAAAGGUACUCCAAAGAAACGGAUGAACAGAAAUACACAUGGUCAGAUGGAAACCCACUUACUUUUACUGCCUGGUUUCGUGAUGGCAACACUAAGGACCGGCAACCAAAUGGGGUUCAUAAUGAGCUAUGUACCAGUAUCAAGUUCUACAAUAUUCAUUCAAUGGAUGAUUGGCAUGACACAGCUUGUGCUUACGAUAAAAUCCAAAGUUACAUGUGCGAAAUUGAUGUCGAAUUAUUUACAGAAACUAUUAGUCGGAGGAACUGGUGGGGAAAUGGUUCCGUUCAGUUACUGUCGGCAAGGCUGGGUAACAUUUUGUUCCAGUGUGAGAACACAGAACUGAUCAGCAAACUGUUUGUAUGUGACGGAAUGGAGGACUGCAGUGACGGAUCUGAUGAGACAAACUGCUUUUCCUCGUGUACAGAUGUACAGUUUCAAUGCGCCGAUGGAGCCUGUAUUUCAAUUAGUCUGUAUUGUGACUUUGUAUACCAUUGUGUGGAUCACUCUGAUGAAACAGACUGUAUAAGAAGACCAUGUACUGAUGAGGAAUGGAAAUGUAUGAAUGAUCAAUGUAUUUCUACAACCGACCGCUGUGACAUGAAAAUAGACUGUUUAGAUGGAAGCGAUGAGAAAUAUUGUGACACAUGCACGGGUUUUGAAUGUUACGAUCAGACCUGCCUACAUCCCUCUAAGGUGUGUGAUGGCUUUAUCGACUGUAGUGGAUUCUUCGCUGAGGACGAGUCCCAGGACUGUGAAAACAAUGUCCAGGAGACGUGUAAAGAUUGGUGGGGAUUGGGACGGAGAGAGAACGGGGAAUACCUUGUUAGUCUAGGUUACAGAGAUAUUCCUCCAGCAAACGUAGAGUGUCGAUUUCAUAAACUAAAUAAAAGCGUUAUUGUGGAAACGUUUAUUCACCAUUCUGAGGAGGAGACGGUAUAUUCAAGUUUAACAAACGUAGAUACACAACUGAGAUAUACUGCACAUGAAAAACAAAUAUGGAAACUGAAAAAGACAAAUAAAUGCAGCCAGACAGUAAGGAUCUCCUGUCAUUAUAUAUACUUAAAAGAUAUCAGGUGGCAGGGGAAAAAUGGACAGUGGUUCUAUGCAAGUUGGGGACCUUCAACGGAAACGUGUUCGUGCCCCUUUGUAAAUAAAUGUGAAGAAGGAAAAACAAGAUGUAAUUGUAACUCCACAUUGGAUGAAUUGUACAGUGCUGAAAUCACGGACGUGAAGGAAGACGCCGGAGUUAUAACUGACCAUUCAGUGCUGCCUGUCCAGAAACUGUUCAUCAACCGUCCAGGGGAUGAUAGAUUCGUGAAAAUAGAAAUAGGACCUCUUGUGUGUACUGAAGAGACAAUGGAAUUUUCCAAAGACUUUCUUUGUCGGACGGGAAAAAUUGAAUCCCUGUCAAAUCGCUGUAUCCUUGAUUAUGACGUAUAUGGUGAUGUCAUAGGAUGCCGUGAUCUGUCACAUUUAGAUGACUGUGAAUCCAUGCUAUGUCCACCAGGUUACAUGAAAUGUCCGGGGAGUUUUUGUAUUCCUCCACGAUUGAUUUGUGAUGGCGAGAAACACUGUAAAGAUGGUGUAGACGAGAUGCAGUGUGAAUCAUGUCCAGGCUUAUACCGAUGCAAAAACAGCACAGUUUGUUUGAAUCCGAAAAGGCUGUGCGACAACAUCAACCACUGUCCCCUCCACGAUGAUGAAAUUCUUUGCCAGAUCACAUGUCCGGAUGAAUGUAAUUGUGAUGGUCUGUCGGGUGUUUGUAGAGAUCUCCAGUACACGAGUGCAAUAAAUCUUCCGGUUGAACUAAGACUUUUAAACUUGAGUAAAAAUGAUUUUAGUCGUGGUUUGCCAUCUAUGCUGCGUUUGAUUCAUUUAGUUAGAUUGUUUAUAUCAAAUUGCGGAUUGAAAGCUGUUGAACCGUAUUCCUUUGCAAAUCAGCGAAAUCUUUUGGAACUUGAUCUCGGAAAUAACAAAAUAUCUCAUUUAUAUACUAAUGCAUUUACUGGUCUUGUGUCCUUAAAAGUUCUGAACUUAGAGGGGAAUGAGUUUUUAACUGAAAUAUCAGAUUCGGCUUUUGUUGGAUUACAAAAAUUACCAAAGUUUGAUUUAACAAAUUGUCGUAUGUGGAGUAUUGGAGCAGGUACUUUUGCUGGUUUACGGAGCGUUAACCUGCUUAAUAUUUCUGGCAAUGAUAUUCAAUAUGUUUCAGAUUUUGCAUUUCACAACUUGUCUGAAGUGAAAGUGUUAGAUAUAAGGAAAAACAAAAUUCAGCAAUUUUCAGCCAAAAUAUUUUAUGGCCUUUCGAAACUCGAAAAGCUGUUCACAGAUUCAUACGCAUUCUGUUGUUUGAAACCCCAAACUGUGAAGUUGUGCUUACCAAAUGCAGAUGAAUUCUCAUCUUGUGAUGACCUGAUGAGAAACGAAUUCCUCUCUACCUGUAUGUGGAUUAUGGGAUUUUGCUCCUUGUUAGGAAAUUUUGGAGUUUUCAUAUUCAAAGUAUUUUUCGAUAAACAAACUUUAAAGAAAGGCCACGGUAUUUUCAUAACUAAUCUAAGUGUAUCAGAUUUUCUAAUGGGAGUAUAUUUGAUAACCAUAGCCUCUGCUGAUACAUACUAUCGUGGGAGUUAUAUUUGGAAUGAUAAUCAAUGGAGACACAGCGCAACAUGCAAAAUAGCUGGAAUGCUUGCUACCAUCUCGAGUGAAACAUCUGUACUUUUACUAUGCCUGAUAACAGUAGAUCGUUUUAUAGCAGUCAAAUUUCCAUUAGGUCAGUUUAGGUUCACUAGAGGCAGGGCUCUUUUAUGCAUUGGCGUCUUGUGGAGUACUACCGUCGUACUGUCUACCAUUCCUUUGAUUGCAGGAGGAUACUUUCAAGGAGAGUUCUAUUCUCGAUCUGCCGUCUGUCUUGCUUUACCUUUAACCAGAGACAGACCUGCUGGAUGGGAGUACUCCACAGCAAUCUUCAUCAUACUCAAUUUACUUCUCUUUCUUAUCAUUGCAUUGGGGCAAUGCUUGAUAUACAGAGAGAUAUCAAGAUCAACCGGCAGUAUAAAAUCCACUAGGAAAACCCAAGACAUUGUCAUUGCCCGUGGACUCUUCCUUGUGAUUUUCACCGAUUUCAUAUGUUGGUUUCCCAUUGGAAUCAUGGGAUUAUUGGCUCUAAGAGGUUAUGUGGUAUCAGGAGAGGUUUAUGCAUGGGUCGCCGUCUUUAUACUUCCUAUCAAUUCCGCUUUGAAUCCAUUUUUGUAUUCAUUUGCUAAUUUGAGAAAAAGGGUUGAGACAAACAUGUCAUCCAAAAAGAAAACAUCAAUGCAGCACCACUCUACAGCGGAAACGUUUAGAGUGUUGUGUGACAACAAGUUGUUCGUGAUUGGUAAACACUCCCCUGUGUUCGUCUCUUUAUCCAAUCAUCUCCAGAAUGGAAUAAUCACUGUACCGGAAAUGAAGCUCGUUGUUCUCCGAUUGGCCGAAGCUCUAAAGAUUCUGCACGAAUACGAUCUUGUUCAUGGAAACUUAAAUACAGAUCUUGUUUUGCUUGAUGUUGUGAACAUGAAAAUAGAAGACGUGUAUGUCAGAACUGUUCCUAAAGACGCUGAAGAAGAUGAAGAUAUCCCAAAAGAUAUAAAACAACUAGGGGAAAUAACACUAAAAAUGCUUAGGAAUUACCAUAAAAAUACAUCAAAAAACACUGAAUGUUAGAGCUCUGUACUUUGACUACUCAGGAUUGGAGAAAAUAUAAGGCAUUAUGCAUUAGAAAUUAAGUUGUGUAUUGCUGCAUAUUUUAUAUAUAUAUAAUUCUACCAGGACAUAUACCCUUUGUCACUGGAAAAAGGAAACAUCACUUUUGGAGAAAUGACCAAGUCUGCAAACAAAUGUUUUCCUCCCAAUACAAAAGAUACCCUACAGGUUACCUGACAUUUCAGCCAAUCUGAUAUCUAUUUCCAUUAAUCGAAAUGCCAUUAAUAUUGUGCCCUUUGUUUUGCGUGCUCAUUUCUUGACUAUAUAAUAAAAUGUUGUAAAUUGUACGAGGGUUGGUUCAAAAGCAAUGUCAUAACUGCUAUACAAUCUUAAGUAAUUGGAAGUGUGGAAUAAAAUUUUAUAUCUAGUUUGACGUUUGCUUUAAAAAAAUAUUUAGAUAUAUUAAGAUACACACUGUGUUAGGUCUCGUUUUCGCCUAACGGCAGGAUGUACCGACGUUGUUAUGACAUCACUAAUUUUCUGUUUAUUCAUAAAUCUACAAAUACAGGUCUUAUUUCAUGUACACUUCUUUCUUGUGCUGGAACUUCUUGUUUUGGGCUUUUUAAAUAAAUAUUUUAACUUUCCA